AUGAAUUCCUAUCCUCCUGAACUGCUGGUUCAGCUGGCGCCGGUCAUGUUCGUGGCCGGCCUUGAUGCUCCUCCUCCUCAAUCUCCAAGCCCCGCCGAUACGACCAAAUACCAGGAUCCUUUCGCCCUUCUCACUGCUCGUCUUCGCGAUGCCCUGCUCUCCCAGCGCAAAGUAUCCAUCUGGCAGCCCGACAAGACCAAAUCAUUUCAAGUGCUCUUGGUUGACAAGGAUAUUCGAUUUCCUCCCCGGAAAAUUGGGCCCCCAGACGACUCGCAGCAUGCCGUGGCUCAUUCUCCUCUCUCUCCAUUGACGCCUUCUUCUCCUUUGUAUCCUGACGGGCUCAUCGCGCCUAUCUGGAUUCGCAAGCAUACAACCCUUGUGCCUUCGGUAUUCGUGUUGUUCUUGCGCCUAUUCGAAUUCCCGUUACACAACCUUCGGUCGCCUUUGGACGCACCAGAUCAUGAUCGCGAGAAGGACAGGGAGCAGGAAGAGCGGAAGCGGGAUGGAGAGCUGGCUGCAUAUGUUGCGUCGCGGAAAAAGUCUACUAAUGAACGUAACAUGAAGCUUACUGUGGUCCUCAUGGCGAGCAGAAGGAUGCUGGACGACCCUGCAUUGGACGCUAGAUUAACCUUCAUACGAAAACAGAGUGGCCUCGAUGCUAGAGCUGCCUUGUUUGUUCUGAGCCCUGUAAGCUCGUCAGAAUUGGGCGAGUUUGUACAGAGCAAGCAUUGUACGAACCGGCAGUGGAAUAUUACACCUCACAUUCUAAGCGCGUCAGGCGUAAAACGGAACCGUCACACCCAAGCUGUAUCUUCCUAUUCAAAUCCUCUAAGCCCUGUCGGACAUGCUGGAACCAUACGGCCCCUACGUCCAGAAGGUUGGACAGUUAGGUACGAAUACAAGAUGGCUUGCUUCGCCGAGUUCAGAGGGGAAGAUGAAGUCGCACUCAAGCACUAUCAGGACGCAUACGAGGUUCUUGCUGUGAUGUUCGGUUCCAUAUCAAUUCUUCCACCUCGCACUAAACGAUGGGCUGAAGCCAAAGUACUUGCUGAUUGCAUCAACAUCAAAAUAACGAAGCUGUAUCUAUAUAAUAACGAGCACUCCUUGGCCUUGUCCCAUCAUAACACCCAUAUCAGAAAGUUCGGCGAUCUAUCACGGGGAUGGGGGAUUGGUGAAGAGACCUUCGAGUAUUGGAGCUGGGUAGCCAGGCAAUACCGUAUCCUCGCAGAACUAUUGGAGCAAGGGUCACACACAACGCUUUCUCUCCCCUCUCAUCGUCCUGCUGCUUACAACACCACCCUCUACUCUUCUACAGUACAGAAUCCGUCCAGUUCGCGAGGAUCCACUCCCGCGUUGGAAACAGAUGCCUUGCGAUCUUUGGGAUUAAAUCCGAGCCAUGCGUUGCAGCAUCCAGGGUUCUAUUACUAUAUGGCUGCUAGAUGCACGGAAAUGAGACGAGAACGCUUCCUCAUAACACUUGACACCAAGGGCAUCUCAAAUUCACCAGGCUUUGCGAAUGAGAAGAAGGUCGAUCAUCUUGUCAUCAUACUUGAGUUGUACACCAAGUCAUAUGAGCUGUUCAAGAAAUAUACCCACAGCUCUCAAGGUCAAAGUCAAGCCCGACUGACCCUCUGGAUCGCCUACCGUAUCGGACAAACAUAUUUUGACUCUGGUGUUGAGGAAAUGGAUGAGCCCGGAACACUUCAGGAAGAUUUGCUUGCGGUUCUCAAGAGCACGGUGCCGUCAUCGCCUGACGAACCGCUCAUCAGUCGACCUUUCGGGUACACAGCCGAUAUGUUCUUGAUUCCAAUGUCAUUUUCUGGACUUCCUGAGGUAAAGGUCGGACAACGCGCUGCCUUCCAGAUCUCAAUCACUGCACCUUCUGACGUGGCAAUAUCCGAGCUCCCUUUCGUGUCCUUGUCCAUUCGGUUUUCAGAUGAUACUUUGCCUUUGGUUCUUCUUCGACAUUCAGAUGAGGAAGUAGACGAAUCAUCCAAGGUUACUCAUGUUCAGCUGGGACACAUUUCCAAGACAAGCGCGGAUGUGCCACCUACUUUGAAAACGAAUUUGCGGAUGGAAACAGGGUUCUACCCUAAUAUUGUCUGGAACAUUCUCAUCGGAGGUCCCAACGACGUUCAAGGUCAGAUCGAAGAACUUCUCUUGACGUUGAUGGAGGGUUCCUGGAAUAUCCAGAUACCGAUGUAUCCGUGCAGCUAUAGACAUAUGUCCCUACCCACGAGUAAAUGGCUAGCCUCGCUGAAGCCUCUAAAAUUCAUCGAUGUCAAACGCGAGAACUCGUCUUCUGUGAUUGUUCGUCAUCGUCCCCACAACGUUUUGUUAUCGUUCACGCACCAUGCACCUGCGUGUAUCGAUGAAGUGUAUCCCAUUGUCAUCAAGGUUACCAAUGCCGAUAAUAGAGAGCUGGAGGUCACGAUGGAUGUACUCCUGCAGCCCACAGAGGUUGAUGAUGCAUUCAAUUCAAUAACUCUUGAUGACGAGCGAUCUUCUGGUCUCAUCAAGGGCAUCUCUUUUGGUGUCCUUGUGCCAGGCGUGAGCUCAAUCAAAACUUUGAAUCUGUCCAAUACAGGCGGGGCUGGAGAUAGGAUGAUUGAUAUCUCCAUUCAGUCAAGGGUAACCCCUUCGAGGCAUGAUUCCAGCGAGGAUUUGUCCAAGUCUGAAAUGGAAGAUGUGUCGGAGAUUCUACAGACGCUGACAGUACCAACUGUCAAAGCGCUGAAUGUCGCAUAUGAUGUCGUGUAUAAGCGUCCUUUGGCUGAGCGGUUGGGGCUGGUGGAUUUGAGAAGGUUUGAAGAAGACUUUUGGGAUGAGGGUGAAGCAGGAGAGGCUCUCGUGUCCCUCAGAUUGGAGUGUGCCGGUCCUUGGUCCUUGGAAUUGGGAAAAGUUGGGCUUGAGAGACAGAACAAUGACGCUGCAAAAGUUUUGGAAGCGUCAACUGAUGUGUUUGAUGAAGCAGAUUUCUCCACGGAAUAUGUUCCCGGCGACGAGUUCUCAGGCUCGUGUCGGAUAAGCUUGCAAGGAGGUGAGCAACAAGCUAUUCCUGGACCAGGUACCUAUCUGGUCGAGUGGCGCAGAAUAUACGAUGACGGAACAAGAGGAUCGACUUCAAAGAGUAUAUUCCCACUCCCUCUACUGCGGCCACCUACGGAUGGCUUAAUUGGGCUCCUCCAAAUACCUCCUGUUGCCAGACUGCACGAAGGCCUUCCACUGACACUGACGAUACGGAAUAACCAUCCUACGCGAUCAGCGAGCUGUACUGUCCAUGUGGAGCCCGAUCCAUCUGAUGGAUUCGUCGUAGCUGGACUGCGCAGUGGAAGAGUGCCUAUCCUCCUACCAGGGGCUGAGGAGAAAAUACUUUGGAACGUGAUACCCGUUGAGUGUGGGUAUAUUAAGCUCCCUAAGAUCAAAGUCAUUGAUCAUAGGAAAUCGGUCCCUAAUGCGCAAGGGGUGGGAGAAGGGGAGGUGGAGGGUCAGGCGGUCAAAAUUGUCGAUGUCAGACUUGAUCGGAGGAAGGAGAGUGUAGUUACUGAGAGUAACGAGGUGGAGAAGGAGGUUAUAAGACCCACAGAUCUAGAAACAGAUUCUGAGGAAGUAUGGGGUAUACAGUGCUGGUGCUACCGUAGCCUAUUCAUACGUCAAUGA